CGGACGUUUAAAUUGAGACCCAGAGGAAGAACGUCUCUUCCCAGCGGAGCAGCACCAGGUGACACAUCUGCAUGCGCUUUAAAUGCUUGUGAUGAAAUGAAUGCAUCGUGGUUCACGUGUCGCACGUCCGUUUUUCACAGGAACCCUCGGCCGUUGGAGAAAGAAAUCAAAAGGGGAAAUGACGGUGUCUUACACCCUCGAAGUGGCCGAUGCGCGAUUCGGGGGCUUCUCCAAGCUCCUGUUCAGGUGGAAGGGAAGCAUCUACAGGCUGCUCUACAAGGACCUCCUGGCCUUCUGUGCGGUUUAUCUGUUCUUCAGCCUGUUUUACAGGUUCCUCCUCUCGCCGAAGCAGCAGGACCUGUUCGAGCGAAUCGCCCUCUACUGCGACCAGUUCACCAACACCAGCUUCAUCCCGGUCCUCUUCGUGCUGGGUUUCUACGUGACCCUGGCCUUCAACCGCUGGUGGGGUCAGUACAGCAGCUUCCCCCUGCCCGACAACCUGAUGAUGGCGGUGUGCGGGAACGUGCACGGGGCGGACGAGCGGGGUCGCCUGCUGCGACGGACGCUCAUGAGAUACGCCAACCUGUCCUCGGUGCUGAUCCUGCGCUCCGUCAGCACGCGGGUCCACAAGCGCUUCCCGACUCUGGAGCACGUGGUGGAGGCCGGGUUCAUGACCACGCACGAGCUGAAGAAGUUCGAGUCGCUCCACUCUGAUUUCAACAAGUACUGGAUGCCUUUGACCUGGUUCUCCAACCUGGCGGCGGCGGCGAGGGAGGAGGGGCGGGUGAGGGACGACGUCGCCCUGAGGCUGCUGAUGGACGAGCUGAACAAGUACAGAGGCAAGUGCAGCCUUUUGUUCCACUAUGACUGGAUAAGCAUCCCGCUGGUCUACACUCAGGUAGUUACUUUGGCGGUUUACUCUUUUUUUGGAUUCUGUGUGAUCGGCCGACAAUUUCUGAACCCCGAGAAGGGAUACAAGGACCACAAGAUGGACAUGUACGUCCCCGUUUUCACUCUGCUGCAGUUCUUCUUCUACGCCGGCUGGCUGAAAGUGGGGGAGCUGAUCAUCAAUCCGUUCGGCGAGGACGACGAUGACUUUGAAACCAACCAGCUGAUUGACAGAAACAUUCAGGUGUCGAUGCUGGCCGUAGACGACAUGUACCAGAACCUGGCGCCCAUCGAGAAGGACAAGCACUGGGCGCAGAGACAUUUCUCCGCCCCGUACACGCUGUCGACGGCGGCUGAGACUCUCAGACCGGCCUUCAAGGGCUCCACCUUUGACAUGAGGACGAGCGCCGACGAUCUGGAGCUUCACCAUGGGGCAGAUUCUUCUUUGGGGAGGAAACUGUGGUUACCUCUGAGGGGCCCUCUGGGCGAAGGGCUCGGCAGCCUUCCGAGGGGCAAAGGUAUCUUGCGAGGUCGGAGCCUCCCGUCUCUGGUGGACGCGGCGUCGUACCCGAACGAGGACGAAGACGCCGGCGCUUCUCCUGAGGGCGACGUCGUCGACCACAAAGAACAACGAAAUGCUUUAAUCAAAGUAGCCGUGGGACACGAGUAGUAAAAACCAUUGUGGUACUUUUUGAGAAAAGAAUGUUCUUUUAUUUGCAGAACUCUUGGGGGGGUAAAUUCGUCUCAACUAAAUCAUUUUUUGAAAAAGAAAAGUUGGUCGUAAGAUUAUUUUUAUAAGCACUUAUGUCCAAUGGAUAACUUACAUUCUAUUUCAUGGUUUUAAUUCAACUCUAAUUCUAUCCUCGUUACGGGACAAACAUGUCAAAACCUCAGCGGUUCUGUAGGAGAUAUUACCAUUUGCAGUAAAGUCUAAUAUAUGUAUUGCGCUGUCGGCAAAGGGUGAAGACAUGCUAAAAAGCUUUGCAUUAAGUGGCAUUAUCACAAUGUUAAAAUACAAUAAAAAUAUUUU